AUGAUAUCGAAUAUUGCGACUUAGGGUGCAAAGAAUUAAUUAAGACUAUAGCGGAGAAAGACCAUCUUUGAUAAGAAAAUCGAAGUAGAGUUAGAAGAGCAUAAAAAGCAGGUCAACAAAAGCAAGAAGAAGAAAGGCAACAAGAAUGCCCAUAAACUUUAGGAAAUAAAUCCCUUUGAGAAGAAACCCUCCCCUAUGUUGUCCAAAAAAUUCGAUGAAUCAAGCAUUCAUCUUGAUGAAAUAAUUUAGAGUCCACUUCUUAACACUAAACGUUUGGGUAUGAAUCUCUAGAACACAGACUUGAGAAAAUAUAUAGGGGAACAGGUGAAUCAAACAAUGCUCGUGCUAGAUAUUAAACGACUUUAAGAAGUCAACUAAAAAUACCAUGAGCAGAGAUAAGUUGAAAGAUUCGAUUCUGACUUCGUCCAAUUAAUGAAUGAGCUAAAAUAAAUAAGAAUCCAAGUUAAGAAACUUGAAAAUACUCAGGUUUAAAACGAUCAAAACAACUCUACUCUCUCCAUGACCUAAACAUUUACCUCAACUAAGGUAAUGUCUGAAAAUCAUCCUUUAACAGCAAAAAGUGAAUAAGCUAGAGGGAGAACUACACUAUGCUAGUAGUAUUUAAUUGUUUCGAAUAGGAAAGAUCUAAUGAACUAUUAGAAAAAGAUAACUUUGCUUAAAAAGCCAUUCAACAGUCUCUAGCAGCCUAAACUACCUAUGUCCCCAAUGAAAAAUAAAACUAUUUCAGCACACUAGAUGCAUGCAGAACUUUCAAGAAUUUCAAAGAAUGAGGAAGUCACUAAAUUAGAAUAAUCAGAUAUAGCAGAUAGAUCUUAAAAUAUAAGUGAUAGGACCAAUGUUGCGGCUCAUGAAUUGUGGUACUCCGAUGCUAAUCUUUCAGAUAAGCGCUAAACUCUCGGACUGCUAUAAAAUUUGAAGAAUAUCGGUAAAAAGCUCAUUACUUUUACGGGCUCGACCUAAGUAUCAAUAAGAACUCCAGUUUUAGGGUCUAAGAAGAAACAUUUUGUAAACUGCACUAUCAAACCUGAAUUUACGCACAUCGAAUCUAUAUUAAAAGUGGAGUAGAUGAAUUUGCACUAUGUUCAAACUAAACUUCCUCCUAUGCAAAGAUAAAAAGUAACUUCUGAACUGCAGAAAAGCAUGCUUAUGAAAUGCAUUACACGAGACAAGUACUAAGAGCUACUACUCACAGAUGAAGACAAUUAUCUUACAGAAAAUUAUGAUAUGAAAGAAGUCAUUGAGUAAGAAAUGGACAUGUCUGUGACUUUAAGGUUUCCCAAGUAGUUUAUUUGGAGUGACAGAGUCCUUCUACUUGCAGCUACUAUGAUUGCUUGUAGUAUUUGA